AUGUUUCGUUACUACACCGGUUGUCGACGAAAAUGGGUUUACUUUAUAUUGAAAUCAACUUAUUAUGGGUCCGUCGGACUUGGCCUGUUUCCUUUUACCUUUAACUCAAAGCUCAAGCGGUUACAACGUUCGAAAUGGCUAAUUGCCUACGGGCUUGCAUUGAAUUUCUCUCUAAUCGGACUAACGCUGUUUUUGAAUGGAGCGAGGGAGAAUAUUCUAUGGAUGGAUAUUUACAUACGAAAUCCUUCGGUGAAAUAUAUCGAAAUAAUUGCAUUGGAGUUAAUAUCUUCAUUAUAUUUGUAUUACAUAAUGCCUGGAAGUCAACUGUUUGUAUUGAAUGCUAUUUUUUUAAGCAUUAUUUUAUUUUCUCCACUUCUAUCGGUAAUGCAUUUUCAUCUAAUUGCGAUCUGUAUCUAUCGUUAUGUAUGGAUUAUCAAUGCAGAGCUCCUCGACCUGAAGCAACGAAUGAACUCCUCCCGAGUUCGUCUUCUACUUCAAUUAUAUGGACAACUUAUUGAUAUAAAUGAUCUGCUAACGGAUACCUACGACUAUCAGAUGACACUUUAUUUGGGCACUGUAUUGACUGCCAAUAUUAUAAUCUCAUUUAUUUUCAUUAUAUUUUGGACCAGACUUCUAAAUCCAAAAACAAUCAUAAUAUCAGUGAUGUUUUCUCUCGCAUUGGUAAUCAAAUUCUCUGACUUUUGGCUGGCCAUCACAAUUUGCGAUCAAGCGGAGAAAACAGCACGGGAAACCUCUACAAUUUUAAAACUCUACAAUGAGAUCAACGAUUUGGAUGUGGAAACGGAACAAAUUCUUACCGAAUUUUCUUUGUUCUGCAGCCAUCGAAGACUUCAGUUUUUCCACUGCAAAUUAUUUGCCGUAAAUCAUCAAAUGGGUUUCCAAAUGUUAAUUACAUGCGUUCUCUACUUAAUUUUUCUGGUUCAGUUUGAUUAUAUGAAUUUGUAA